UCGAGCUCGCCGCGAACCCAAGAUGGCGGCGUGUGGACGUGUACGGAGGAUGUUCCGCUUGGCGGCGGCGCUGCAGCUGCUGCUGCUCGCGGCGGCCGGGGCCCAGAAACUCCUGAACCAGGGCGGCCACGGCCAGGGCCAGGGCCAGGGGGCCGGCUUUGGAGGCGGCGGGCCGGCGGGUCAGCAGCUGCUCCAGCUGCCUCAGUCAUCUCAGCACCAGCAGCAGCCCCCUCAGCAGCCGCCUCAGCCGCCGCAGCCGCCUUUCCCGGCGGGUGGGCCUCCGGCCCGGCGCGGAGGAGCGGGCCCCGGCGGCGCCAGCGGGGGCUGGAAGCUGGCGGAGGAGGAGUUCUGCAGGGAGGACGUGACCCGUGUGUGUCCGAAGCAUACCUGGAGCAACAACCUGGCGGUGCUCGAGUGCCUGCAGGACGUGAGGGAGCCUGAAAAUGAAAUUUCUUCAGACUGCAAUCAUUUGUUGUGGAAUUAUAAACUGAACCUAACUACAGAUCCCAAAUUUGAAUCUGUGGCCAGAGAGGUUUGCAAGUCUACCAUAUCAGAGAUAAAAGAAUGUGCUGAUGAACCAGUUGGAAAAGGUUACUUGGUUUCCUGCCUGGUGGAUCACCGAGGAAACAUCACUGAGUACCAGUGUCACCAGUAUAUCACCAAGAUGACGGCUAUCAUUUUCAGUGAUUACCGUCUAAUCUGUGGCUUCAUGGAUGACUGCAAAAAUGAUAUCAACAUUCUGAAAUGUGGCAGCAUUCGGCUUGGAGAAAAGGAUGCACAUUCACAAGGUGAAGUGGUAUCAUGCUUGGAGAAAGGUCUGGUGAAGGAAGCAGAAGAAAGAGAUCCUAAGAUUCAAGUCUCUGAACUCUGCAAGAAAGCCAUUCUCCGGGUGGCUGAGCUGUCCUCAGAUGACUUCCAUUUAGACCGGCAUUUAUAUUUUGCUUGCCGAGAUGAUCGGGAGCGUUUUUGUGAAAAUACACAAGCUGGUGAAGGCAGAGUGUAUAAGUGCCUCUUUAACCAUAAAUUUGAAGAAUCCAUGAGUGAAAAGUGUCGAGAAGCACUAACAACCCGACAAAAGCUGAUUGCCCAGGAUUAUAAAGUCAGUUACUCACUGGCCAAAUCCUGUAAGAGUGACUUAAAGAAGUAUAGGUGCAAUGUGGAAAACCUUCCUCGGUCCCGGGAAGCCAGGCUCUCCUACCUUUUGAUGUGUCUGGAGUCAGCUGUGCAUAGAGGACGACAAGUGAGCAGUGAGUGCCAGGGGGAGAUGUUAGAUUACCGACGCAUGCUGAUGGAAGACUUUUCUUUGAGCCCUGAGAUCAUCCUGAGCUGUCGGGGGGAGAUUGAACACCACUGUUCUGGACUGCAUCGAAAAGGGCGAACCCUGCAUUGUCUGAUGAAAGUAGUUCGUGGGGAGAAGGGGAACCUUGGAAUGAACUGCCAGCAAGCGCUUCAAACACUGAUUCAGGAGACUGACCCUGGUGCAGAUUACCGCAUUGAUAGAGCUUUGAAUGAAGCUUGUGAAUCUGUAAUACAGACAGCCUGCAAACACAUACGAUCGGGAGACCCAAUGAUCCUCUCGUGCCUGAUGGAACAUUUAUACACAGAGAAAAUGGUAGAAGAUUGUGAACACCGUCUUUUAGAGCUGCAAUAUUUCAUUUCCCGAGAUUGGAAACUGGACCCUGUCUUAUACCGCAAAUGCCAGGGAGAUGCAUCUCGUCUUUGCCACACCCAUGGUUGGAAUGAAACCAGUGAACUUAUGCCUCCUGGAGCUGUGUUUUCUUGCUUAUACAGACAUGCCUACCGCACUGAGGAACAGGGCAGAAGGCUCUCACGCGAGUGCCGAGCUGAAGUCCAGAGAAUCCUACACCAACGAGCCAUGGAUGUUAAGCUGGAUCCUGCUCUCCAGGAUAAGUGCCUAAUUGAUCUGGGAAAAUGGUGCAGUGAAAAAACAGAGACUGGACAGGAACUUGAGUGUCUCCAGGAUCAUCUUGAUGACUUGGCUGUAGAGUGCAGGGAUAUAGUCGGCAACCUCACCGAGUUAGAAUCCGAGGAUAUUCAAAUAGAAGCCUUGCUGAUGAGAGCCUGCGAGCCCAUAAUUCAGAAUUUUUGCCACGAUGUGGCGGAUAACCAGAUAGACUCUGGGGACCUGAUGGAAUGUCUGAUACAGAACAAACACCAGAAAGAUAUGAAUGAGAAGUGUGCCAUUGGAGUCACCCACUUCCAGCUGGUGCAAAUGAAGGAUUUUCGGUUCUCUUACAAGUUUAAAAUGGCCUGCAAGGAGGAUGUGUUGAAACUUUGCCCCAACAUAAAAAAGAAGGUGGACGUGGUGAUCUGCCUGAGCACCACCGUGCGCAAUGACACCCUACAGGAAGCCAAGGAGCACAGGGUAUCCCUGAAGUGCCGCAAGCAGCUGCGUGUGGAAGAACUAGAGAUGACAGAGGACAUCCGUCUGGAACCAGAUCUGUAUGAAGCCUGCAAGAGUGACAUUAAAAACUACUGUUCCACUGUGCAGUAUGGCAAUGCUCAGAUUAUUGAAUGUCUGAAAGAGAACAAGAAGCAGCUAAGUACCCGCUGCCACCAGAAAGUUUUUAAGCUGCAGGAGACAGAGAUGAUGGACCCAGAACUGGACUAUACACUUAUGAGAGUCUGCAAGCAGAUGAUAAAGAGGUUCUGUGCAGAAGCAGAUUCGAAAACCAUGUUGCAGUGCUUGAAGCAGAAUAAAAACAGUGAAUUGAUGGAUCCCAAAUGCAAACAGAUGAUAACCAAGCGCCAGAUCACUCAGAACACAGAUUACCGCUUAAACCCUGUGCUAAGGAAGGCCUGUAAAGCUGACAUUCCUAAAUUCUGUCAUGGUAUCCUGACUAAGGCCAAGGAUGAUUCGGAGCUAGAAGGUCAAGUCAUCUCUUGCCUCAAGCUGAGAUACGCUGACCAGCGCCUCUCUUCGGACUGUGAAGACCAGAUCCGAAUUAUUAUUCAGGAGUCUGCUCUGGAUUACCGACUAGAUCCUCAGCUCCAGCUACACUGCUCAGAUGAGAUCUCCAAUCUCUGUGCUGAAGAAGCAGCAGCCCAGGAACAGACAGGUCAAGUAGAGGAGUGCCUUAAAGUUAACCUGCUCAAAAUCAAAACAGAAGUGUGUAAAAAGGAAGUGUUAAACAUGCUGAAGGAAAGCAAAGCAGACAUCUUUGUGGACCCAGUUCUUCACACAGCUUGUGCCCUGGACAUUAAACACCACUGCGCAGCCAUUACCCCUGGCCGAGGGCGUCAAAUGUCCUGCCUCAUGGAGGCCCUGGAGGAUAAGCGGGUGAGGUUACAGCCUGAGUGCAAAAAACGCCUCAAUGACCGGAUUGAAAUGUGGAGUUACGCAGCAAAGGUGGCCCCAGCGGAUGGCUUCUCUGACCUCGCCAUGCAAGUGAUGACAUCCCCAUCAAAGAACUACAUUCUCUCUGUGAUCAGCGGGAGCAUCUGUGUAUUGUUCCUGAUUGGCCUGAUGUGUGGACGUAUCACCAAACGAGUGACACGCGAGCUCAAGGACAGGUAGAGCCACCUCAACCGCCAAAGGAGCUACCUGUCCGGUGCCCCAUCUGUACAGCCCUCCUGUAUAGUGUGCCCGAACGCCUUGUUCUUCUGAGAGGCGACACAACACCCGUGUUAGAGCAGCCGCAGGUACCCACCGCCCUGUCCCGCCUCAGACCUUGCCAUGUCCACGUGUCCUCUUCCUCCUCGACCACUUGGGCAGCGUCAGCAGCUGGCCGCUUGGGUUACUGCCUUCGUUGGCAGACUUGGGGUUACCUGCUUGUAGACAAGUCUCUCUCAUACCAGUGGAACUACCAAUACUUCCAGAACCAACUUACCUGACCUGCAACUCAAAAUGAUUUUUUUUUUUAAAAAAAAAAACACCAAAAAAGAAAAAAGUUUUUAAAGAAAGAAAAAAAUGUAUAUAGUAACACAUAACACAUCUCCUCCAGGCUUGAUUUGGGCAAUGGGGUUAUCUUUUCUGUGUGACUAUGUAUAAUGAAGGCAGGACUUAAAAGGGGGAAACGUACCACCCAGUGUGCUAUGAACUAGGAUGUCUUGCUCAUUUCUGAAAAGCACCUUUGGGCCACUUCAGGGCUGUGGACGACACUGAGUAGUGGGAAACCAUUAAUUAGCCUGCCUUGGGUCUUGUUAUCUUCUGGUGAAACAGUGAUGCCUUCCAUUUCCCACCAUAGGGGAGCCCCUGCUUUCAAGACCCCAAGGCCCUAGGUAUUCUGAUGAUCUCCUCACCUCAGUGAAGUAAAGCAUGAGCUUCCCUAGGCCAGGGACAAAUGGGUUGGGAAGGAAAUCACAAGUGUGUGAAGCUGAUCAGUCAACUCAUCUGCCCUGGGAGGUUGGCCCCUAAGUUCUAAGGCAGCAGGAUCCUGUCAUCUUCCUCCUCCAGGCCAAUGCAGGACUCAGUUGGCCCUACUGGGGUAGCAGUGACUCAGGGGAGGGAGCUUAGGUCAGGAAGGGGGUGCAGAGGAUUGACUCAUUUGACUUUAUUUUUCAGGCAACAAUGCAGGUCAGUGAGACAAUGGCGUCUAAACACUUGAGUGGCCUCAGGGUGUGGCUGGCAGUCCAUCCUGACCUUUCUGCAAGCUCAAGGCCACCUUCCCAGACAAGCCCCUUUAUGCCUUUAGUUGGAAAGGGUAUGGAAGGUUGUUAUUAUUAAAAGAUGGAGGCUUUUCUCUGUUAUUUUUUUCUUUCUGUCCAAGUUGCUGUGUGUACCCACUGUAGUAGGCAUUGGCUAAAUGUUGUACUUUGAUGAUUCAUCAGUCUUUCCAGUAUCUGAGCUUUAUGGAAGCAAUAUUCCUGGCUGUCCUCCCUUGUCCCUCCAGUGUGGAGAUGACAGGUUUGGAGUAUGAAGAGGGAGGAGUGCGGGCAUCAUGGGUCAGCCCGGCACACCUUAAUCUAGUUGGGGCAUGGAGUCACAGUGGCUGCACAAGAGGGCGGCGUGUACAGUAGGAGAUAUAUUUAUAUAAUAUAUAUUUUAUUAACCUGUUAGACGUCCACAAAGUAUUAUAACUCACGUGCCUAAAACUGUCCACAUAGACCAUGCGCCCCCCUUGCCCUGCCCCCCCUUUGCCGCUGUCCAUGUGUGCUGUGGGACCUCCAUGUCUGUCUUCCCUGAAAUGUGUUCAGUACAAAGUGGGUCAGUUUGUGGAUCAGUUGAUCCAAAUUAUUCCUUGUCUAACCUGACUGACAGAUAUUUGAAUACUGUGGUUUUCUUUUUCUUGUUUUUUCUCUUUGCAAUCCUCCCUGGAGGCAGUGGGUUCCAGAAGCCAGCUGUACAUCCCCCAGCCUAGGGUACUAGUCAACCAGGGGAGCUGCUAAGCUGCUUGGUCCCCUCAGUCCUACUCGUAGGGCCUUCCUGAUUCUUAGCAACUACCCUGGGACUCUUCAGUCUCAUAAAAUUUGAAAAUCCUGGAGCCAAGCAGCAAAUCCCCCGCCACCACUAUUGGCCUGAAUUGAGCUGGUCUAGAGAGUCCAUAUCCAGUGGCUUCCACCUGGGUGCUGGCAGUUUGAGAUGAAGAACCAGGGAUGCCAUCUAAAUGUAGGCCCUCACUGACCUAUGUGGUGUGGAUUACAGAGUAGGAUAAACAUUCACCAUUUGAUAAGAGUAGUUUAAUGUGUCUCCAUAUUUUUGUUCUUUCUGAAUUGAGAGAGAAUCUUGUUAGUUGUCUGCAGCAAAAGUUUGAAAAGGAGUCUGAUUCUUCAAACAUUUAUCACGUUUAGAAAUGAUCAGAAUAGAAGGGGUAAUUCUGCCUGUAUCUUCAGUUGCUUGUUCUAGAAGCAUUUCACCAUCCUAUUUGGAAUAGGUUCACAUGUCCAAGUCUUGAGAUUCCUAAGUAGUGUAGUGUUCUGAGCCGUUUUCUAUAUUCACGGGCCCAGCGCCAUCUGAACCUGCAGCCCACCUGUAUCCUUUCUAUACCCCAGUUGGUGUAACAGAACAGAUUCUGGGACACCUCUGGUUACUGGCUUUAUAGGUUAGAUGUGGGGAAAUCAACUAGUCAAGAACAAAUUGAGAAGAGGAAACCAUGGCCGUGGUGAAGGAACUGAUGGACCUAGGCCUUUAUCUCUUCUCCUGAUGUUCAUUCAUGAACAAGCAGCAGGUAGGAUUUUUGCCAAGGCCAAAGCUCCAGGCAGUUGCUGAAAUUACAGUAGCUAAGUAAUUCAUCUGGCCUCAUCAGCUCACUCCGGUGUCUUGGGGACUCGGUGUGUUCCACAACACUCCAGAGGCGCCAGGAGGCCAGUCUCAGGCUGGAGGCCCUGCACUACAGGAAUCGGGGCAGAAUGUCAAGAACGACUGCCUGCCCCCUGCUGGACCUUGUGCCACAGGAGGGAGCUCUGGACAUGAGACCUUUAUGCCCUGGCACAUCCCGGCCUUUCUCCACCAAUGCCGCUGUCCCAGGUGAAGGCUGCUAGCAAGGUGUGCCUCAUGGGGGCACAGCAAAGGCUUGGAGAGCCUCCUCCUCUGCACUCCUAGAGACCCUCUGGCUGCCACUGUCAGUCCCAGUUUUGUGGGUCCAGGCAGCUUGUUCUGAGCUACUGCAUCCUUAGAAGCCAGGGGAAUUCAAGUGUUUAGUGAGCAGGUGUUGACCUGAAUUCAUUGCAUGCUUUUGUCUGUCUCACAUCCUGCACUUAACUGUUCUGGGGAUAGCAAGCAGCCCUGCCUUGGGGAGGGAGGGAGAUUCUGCUUUCCUAGAAGUGACAGAAAAUUAUUUAACAGGUUUCAUUUCUUCCCAUUUCCUGAAGUCAUGUAAUAGAAGAAUCCGGGGGUAAGAGGCCUGUAGCGUCUAUUUACAUUCUGUCAGACAAGGUGGAAAGGGAGUUAGGUGCUGACCUCACUCUGCCUUCCCCAGGGAAGAUCCCCCCUCAUAUGUGAGGGUGACUUCUGGAAAUGUCGCCCUUCCUUCCCACCUCCAGGCUGUGUACUGUUUCUAGUCCAAAGAUCCCCACUCUAGUGAGUCAUCUAGGGAAGGGUAGAUUGCUUUCUGGGGCUUCCUUUCUGAGCUGUUCUCAAGUUCCUCUGAGAAGAAGUUUCAUUUACCAUUUCUUCCCCUGCUCCAUCAAAAAGUAAACAUUCUCCACGUGUAAUUUAGUCUAAGCAAGUAGAUACGGAGGAGGAAGCUGGAACGGGACCCUUGGGAGGCAACCAACCCAGCUUGAUAAAUUCAGCCUAGAUUUGGCCAUAGAGAAAAAAGAAAUAUAUGGCUUUUUAAAUUAUGUGCAUUUUGAUAUGUUUGCUUGUAUUUCAGAUUCAAAUUCAGAGAUCUGGGAAAUCUCAAAGAUCAAGUUUGAAAUUUUGAAAAACCUCCAAAGAUCCCUUUUAUUUCUCACCGUUUUGGACAUCCUCUAAGUAGUUUUAUAAUAUGCAGCAUUCCAGUGCCCUGAGUUUCUUCUGGGCUUUUAUGGACACUCUGGCCUAAUUCACCUCUUUCUUCCCCACUGAUCUUUUAUUCCCAAGGGCCGUGGAGCCAGAGCUGAUGUUCUGGCCUGUGCAUCUCUCUCUCCCUUCAUGUGUCUUUGGUGGGUCAUGUCUCUGCCUACACUCCUCUUAGUCCUCCUCUCUAGGACGGUUGAGCUUGAAGCCAAAACCCAGUUCAUGCCCAGACCGCAGACAGAAGAUAAACUGCCAGCAAACCCAGACUGACUCCAGAGUAACAGGCUUCCCCAGACCAUCUAGUGAAAUCACUGCAGAGACCCAGAGACUGUUUGUCCUCUGGAGCACAGAGGUGGUAGGUACUGUCUCCUCAGGCUGGUAGUAACAGGAUCCUGACCGUGGUUUCCUCUCCUUCCCCUUCCCAGGAUCCUCCAGGACACACAGGUUGGGAUGUUGAGAUAUGUACAGUAGAGAAAUCUCCCUGGGCAAGGAGAAAAUUCGAAUAGUGCCUCUCGAUUCUGCUUUUGCCUUCCCUUCAGCAUAGAACUGACACCUGGACCCCAGAGCCCAGCAGGCCCUCUCCCAGACAUGCUAGGGUGGUCUGAACAGGUGCCCCAUCAGACUGAACUCUGCUGGAUGGAGGAGCCAUAGGAAGUCAGCAGCAGGAGGCUUCCUGCGGGACUUCUCCCAGCACAGUGUCCCAGGUCGGUCCCAGCAGGAAAACAGACUGUACAGCAAAUGCUAAGAGGUCUUAGGCCUUUAACUUUUUUUUUUUUUUUUUAAGAAAGUAAGUAAAAUUAACAAGCCUCUUUUGUAAAUGGUUUUCCUUUCUGUGUAUAAAAUAUUGGCAGUUCCUUGUUUUUACAUGUUCAUGCUGUGUAAUUUUGAGAUGUGACUGAGAUUCUGAACAUAAUGUGCAUUUUUUUCUGUACAGAUGAAAUGGGAGAAUUUAAUAAAGAGUUUGCAGGUUUUUACUUGUUAAA